AUGAACCAGACCUACGAGCAAAACUUCACGGAGGUCAUCGAUCCGAUCGCCACCGCCGCUCAUGUGACAUGGAGCUUAACGGCACUCAUCGGUAUCCCGGCCAACCUUUUUGUGCUCGCCGCCAUUGUGUACUUCCGGGACAUGCGAACCAUCUCAAACAUCUACAUCUUUAAUCUGGCUCUAGCGGAUUUACUCUUCUUAUGUGCAAUCCCUGUCACGUUUUUCGGAAGAUCAAUGCGCGAGGGAUGGCGAUGGGGACCAAUCAUGUGUAAAUUGUAUAUAUCUGGAAAUGCGGUCUCUCAAUUUGCCUCUGCGGUGUUCAUUGCUAUUCUGUCUUUUGAUAGAUAUCUCGCUGUUUGCCGUCCAAUUCAAUCAAAAUCUUUUCGGACCACCCAGGCGGCAGUAAUACUCUCCAUAGCUGCAUGGGCGAUGGUUAUCAUAGAGAUGACACCAUUGUUCCUUUUUGUCAAGUUAAUCAAGACAACCACAGGAGGACACACCACUAGAAGCUGCAUGUUGUUCGUAGGAAACGUCACUGCUUUGGAGACCCUGGAUGAGUCAAUACACGAUGUCGCAGUGCUCAAUGAGGUUGAGCAGAACAUGCUAACAUCUAGACGAUUUUUCAUCAGCUACACGUUCGCACUCUCGUAUCUAAUCCCACUCGUUGCUGUCUGGUUCUUUUAUUUCAAAAUCAUUCUAAAAAUGUGUCAGCAGAAACAACAAAUGCAGACAAAACGAACGGGCACAAAGCGAAGGACAGCAAAGGUCACUAUAAUGGGGUUGGCCAUUGUUAUUUCUUAUACGCACUGCUGGCUUCCGUUUUGGAUUGUGCAAUGGUCAAUUGAGGCGAACCUUUUCCAAAAUAGCAAAUAUCUACUCUUCGUCUUCACACACUUUGCUUUUGCUCUCCAGUACAUCAACUCUGCCGCCAAUCCGUUCCUCUACGUCUUCCUAUCGGAUUCGUUCCAGAAAAACAUGCAAAAACUAUUGCGAACUGCCAAACCGGACAAGCAAAUCUCGCUGAAAAGUACUACCGAGCCAUUGGACACUACCAGGAUGAUUACUGUAACUGCGAAUCCAACGUGCUCGACGGCUUCUGACAGUUGUUAA